AUGAAAGCAACCACCUCAACAUCACAGGCCCAACUACCACUGGUCAGUGGGUUCAAAGAAAAAAAAAUGGUAAGAAAAAUACUUGGAGAGUAGGAAGAAGAAGGAAAAGGUUGCACAAUUAAUUCAUAAUCCGUAAUUAAUUAACAGAGUAAAGGUUGAACUUGUUUUAUUAGGGAAAAUCACAGAGACAAGUAUUAUUAUUAUUGCAGCAUUAAGUGAAAAUUUGUUACUGUUUCAAUGCGUAUACAUUAAGACAGUAAUGAAAUGGCCAAUAUUAACACAACCUAUGCUUUCAAGGGGGAUCUCACCUGUUCCAGGCGUUUAGAUAGUGGGGAGCAAAUUAAAUUGUAAGUGACGAGCACAAAAGAAACACAAGGGGAAACAAAAACAAGGGUAGACUGGGGUAUCUUUUUCCCUCGUCAAUUUUUCAUCCGCGCCCAAUUUCGCCCACUCUCCCCACUAUCUAAACACCUGGAACAGGCUCAGGGGGAUCAAACAAUGUUAAUAUGGUCACGUUUAUUUCUUACAAAACAAAAGUGCUGGGUUCAAAACCCUGCAUCUGGGAAUCACACAUGCACUAUUGUAGCUUUGUCAGUCCCAGCUGCUAGCUUAUUAUUAUUGGAUUCCUUAAGAGGGAGCGUUUUUCUGCACCAAUUCCAAAAUGAUUGAUUUUAAGCCUGUGAUUGAAAAUGAUUUGAAUUUUUUAACCUUUGUAUAUUUUAUGCAGGAUAUUGUCUUACCUCCAUAGUUCUAGUGUCAUCAUGUUCUUCUUGCUGGAACUAAAUAGAAAGUUAAAAUUAUUACUAUAAUGUAUAACAUUUUUUCAUUCAUUUCGAGGUCCUAAAGCUUCGCUUUCAAGAUAACCACACAGUUGAAUUUUUUCCAUUUUGGGUUGCAAAUCCAAAGAAUUUUCGUUUGACAAUAGUUAAUAGAUAGACAGCAGACAACAAGCUCACAUAUUCUGUUUUAUUCCCACAGUUACUGAUAGAUACUAACUUUUCACUGAAGGAAUCAACUUCUGGUCAAGAUAUAUAUCGACUGUGGUCUGAUCACAGUCAUAAACUGAAUUUGAUAGUUCUAUGUAAUAAUUAUUGUCUCAUUGUGAUUAAUGGAAAUUCUUCAAAAUUGCCUCAAAAAUAGUGACUUAUCUCACAAGUCUCCCCUUUUUCCUUCGAAAAGUAAUAAAAAGACAAGUAAGAGUGAUCCUUUUGUAUUUUAUUUGUUUUUGUUUGCUUGUUUGCAGUUUUUUUCAGUAUCUACACUUGUGAACUCGGCUUAGUCAACAGAGGUGCAUUUUCUAUGCUGCAGUACUAUCUGUAAUUAAUUUGUGUUUGGGAGUAUGAACUAAUGUGAAAAUGGUCAUUUGUAAUUCAUUAAUUCUUGGUGCAACAAAUGUUUACUCACGGCACUUCACCCUGUCUGUUUGGGGUGCCACAACAAGUAAAAAGAAAUGAUGCAUCAAUGUAUUGUACUCUAGUUAAAUAGUAGUGAAACCUUUACCAAAACUAUCCGUUCCACCGUUCGGCAGACAUCUACCACACCAUAGUUAUUAAACUUUAAGCCUUUGUAUAUAUUAUCCACAGGGAUACCAUUUUCUGAUAUUCAGCACGUCAACCAAUAAACAACUUUAAAAAAAUACAAGAGGUUGGAUGGAAUAACUCACUCACCUCAUGAGUGUUCUCUUUUUCGUUCUAAAAGUAAAAUUAGCUAUCAGAGUUAUCAAAUUAGGGACCUUAAUUGGACAACGACGAUGAGUAGAGUUGCUGAGGGACUAGGCUGAGGACGACGUUCGCGGCAGGAAAACUAAAAUGUUAAGCGCGCACUUGAACGUGGACAAGGACAUGUAAACAAAACAGUGCUCAUUUAUCGUGAAAAUCGAGAAACAGUCCAAUAAUUUUAUCGUGUAUUCUUUUCACGAGGUCUAAGAGCAACUUCUUUUGAGUUAUGAGGAUGGUAUUCUAGAUGAAGAUGAGUUUUUGCUACUACACGAGCAAUUUAUGCCGAAAAAUGCCAAUUUCUUGUACGAGGAAUACGACAGGUGUUCCCUUGAUGAGAUGAAUGAUGCCGAGUGCUUGGCAGAGUUUAGAUUUAGAACGCACAACUUGCAAAUUGUCUCAGAGGUUCUUCAAAUACCUGAUAGCUUCAGAUGUUGUCAAAGAAGUGUUUUUGAUGGAAUGGAAGGUCUCUGCAUUCUUCUUAGAAGAUUAAGUUAUCCACGCCGAUAUAGUGACAUGAUUUCUCAAUUCGGACUGCCAGUACCAGUUCUUAGUAUGCUCAGUAGUGAUGUCCUGGAUUUUGCAUGUAACACUCACAGACAUCGCAUAAAACAGUAGAACCACAAUGUGCUUAAUCCGGCUGUAUUACAGAUUUACAGUAACACUAUUGCUGACAAAGGAGCUACUUUACAUAAUUAUUUGGGGUUCGUUGAUGGGACCGUUCGACCCGUAUGCAGACCAGGAGAGUACCAAAGAGUGAUCUACAACAGCCAUAAGAGGGUUCAUGCUCUAAAAGUCCAGUGUGUGGCUCUACCUAAUGGUUUAAUCUGUAGCCUAUAUGGUCCUGUGGGUAAGUUUUGCGGGGAGUGUUUGUACAAAGAGAGAGUGGGCAAUUUAAAUUUCACUAUGUUUUUAACAAGAAAUAUUGGAAGAGUGUCAGCCGUAAAGAGUGAGAGGCUUAUGUGACAAACCUGUGCAAGAAGCUUUUCUAGUUCCUUACGUAUUUUUUACUUCCUUUUACUGUUUCAGAGGGUCGUAAACAUGAUGCUGGCAUGCUAGCUGAUUCAGGACUUCUUCAAGACCUGCAAGGCUUUGCAAAUUCACCAGCUGGCAAUCCAUUUUGCUUGUACGGCGAUCUGGCAUACCCUCAUAGAAUUUACUUACAGACA